UUUCAGUUGUGCAACAAAUGGCGGCGGGUCGAGCUGUCAAAUGUCGUGUCAGGAAUUGUAAUUUUUAAGAACAUUUUUACAUUGAGUUUGUGAUUAAUGGUGCAGUGUUUGUUAAAAAUUACCUUAUAAAGUGAUUGGGUAAUAUUUUAAGACUUAAUGUGUGGUUAAUUAAAGUUUGUUUGUGGUUUUUACGGUGCUGCGGAUAUACACAUGGUUUAUAGUGUAAAUUUUAAAUUUUGAAUUUCCAGUGUAAUGUGUAAGUGAAUAGUGACACUAUCUUAUAAUAAUGGACAUAUAUUGGUGAUUGUGUAAAAAAUUGUGCAAAAACCCCUGAAAUGGCGGGUUUUGGAUUUGACCAGAAUGGUGGAGGAGCCGGCAACUUCGAAGGUUUGCUUCGAGGUGCCGGACAAAAGUUGAUGGGUUAUGCCGGUGAUAAACUUAUGGGAGCUGCCAAGGAUGUCGUCGGAGGAAUCCUUAAUGAGUUGUUUAUCAAGAAGGAGGCCCAAAGUGGCAAAAGAAUUUUGCCCAGCAUCAAAAACAUGAAAGUGGUAUGUGGAAGAAUAAUGAAUGAUAGUAGAUAA